AUUCUGGCUGGUGCCGAUGGUUUUUCCGGCCGAGAAUUCAACACACGUAUCGGCGCUGCUCGGCGGAAACAUCGCAUGUCAUCAUCAUCAUCAUCAUCAUCAUCCUCCCCUCCCCCACUCAGAAGAGAUUCACAAUUCAGGCUGCUUACACGCUUUGGGUUUCCUUCACCAUGAACACGGCUGCAAGCCGAAGCCAUAACUGAUAUACUCUUUUCAACCUCUUCUGUCCGUAGGCCAUGGCAAACUCAAAGCAGGUCAUCAAACUCCCUCGAUUCCUCCUCCAACCCCUAGCAUGGAAUUCAUCCUCCUCCACCAUCAUAAAUCCACAAUUAGUGACAAUUGGAUCGUCUCCGGGCUUAUCUUUACACCUUUAUGCCGCGAAACCACAGCCACAAUCAGUUCCCAGCCGAUCGCUACACACCUUGCCAGCACCUCCGCGACAACCCCCGUCCCUAUCACUCACCUCUCGCCCCUAUCUUACGUCCAUAACCAAAACACCCCCGUCCUCGACAAACUCCCACAAUGAUACCCACGCCGCUCCAAUAAGACAUAAUGGCGUGUACGUGGCGGUAUUCAAACCUGCCCGCCGCGCAUUCCGUACCACGCCGGCCAACCGACGGGACCACCACUUCGACACUUUAAAGAUUGUCCAACGACUCAAAGGUGAAGGAUUCAGCGAAGAGCAGGCGGUGGCAUUAAUGCGGGUGCUGAACGAUGUAAUUGAAGAGUCAAUUCAAAAUUUGACCCGAACUAUGGUUCUAAGAGAGGACUCCGAACGGUCCACUUAUACCCAAAAAGUCGACUUCGCCAAACUCCGGUCAGAACUCCUAAACUCCGACUCCACCGAAACACAGCUAACCCGCGCAUCCCACGACCGCAUUGCGGGUGAUAUCCAGAAGCUAAACUCGCGCCUCCGCGAUGAAAUAGGCCGCACACAGGCGUCCGUAAGACUAGAUUUGAACCUGGAAAAGGGCCGGAUCCGUGAAGAGGCCAAUGGGCAGGAGAUGAGAAUCAAGGAGACGGAAACGAGAAUCGAGCAGGAAGUUGCUGGCCUUCGGGAGAGGGUGGAGGCGGUUAAGUUUUCGACCCUUCAAUGGCUGAUGGGUGUCUGUACAGGUACGGCUGCACUGAUUCUUGGUGCUUGGCGCCUGUUGAUGUGAAGUAACCCUGGAGGCAUUUCGGGUCGAAUACUCGACACUACCAUAAUGUUAUUCCCUUUCGUGAAAGGGUAUCGGGGAAUUUCUAAAGCCCGGGUUGCUUGAGCGAAAUUCAGCAUUGAUAUUAUUUCUCACUGAGCUCAUAGAACAUCUCCUAUUACACCAAAGCAUAGAUCAAAACACACUCUUGACAACCGAUAUUUCCUUUGUUCAUUCGAAAAAUGUAUAUACUAUGACUCCUCCAAAAAAAAUAAAAAUAAAAAUAAAAAUAAAA